UCCCUUUUGGCCGGAGUCCGCUGCAUCCAUGGCGCUGCCGGCCAGUCUGGUGCCCCUGUGCUGCUUGGCACUUCUGGCGCUGCCGGCCCAGAGCUGCGGGCCGGGCCGGGGGCCGGUUGGCCGGCGCCGCUACGUGCGCAAGCAGCUCGUGCCGCUGCUCUACAAGCAAUUUGUGCCCAGCGUGCCCGAGCGGACCCUGGGCGCCAGUGGGCCGGCCGAGGGGAGGGUGACAAGAGGCUCUGAGCGCUUCCGGGACCUGGUGCCUAACUACAACCCCGACAUCAUCUUCAAGGAUGAGGAGAACAGUGGUGCAGACCGCUUGAUGACCGAGCGUUGUAAAGAGCGGGUGAACGCGCUAGCCAUUGCGGUGAUGAACAUGUGGCCCGGAGUGCGCCUGCGGGUGACCGAGGGCUGGGACGAGGACGGCCACCACGCUCAGGACUCACUUCACUACGAAGGACGUGCCCUGGAUAUCACCACGUCCGACCGCGACCGCAAUAAGUAUGGGUUGCUGGCGCGCCUGGCAGUGGAAGCCGGCUUCGACUGGGUCUAUUACGAGUCCCGCAACCACGUCCACGUGUCUGUCAAAGCCGAUAACUCACUGGCGGUCAGGGCAGGCGGCUGCUUUCCGGGAAAUGCCACCGUGCGCCUAAGGAGCGGCGAGCGGAAGGGGCUGCGGGAACUGCACCGCGGUGACUGGGUGCUGGCGGCAGACGCGGCAGGCCGGGUGGUGCCCACGCCCGUGCUGCUCUUCCUGGACCGGGACUUGCAGCGCCGGGCCUCUUUCGUGGCUGUGGAGACCGAGCGGCCCCCGCGCAAGCUGUUGCUCACUCCCUGGCACCUGGUGUUCGCCGCUCGAGGGCCUGCGCCCGAGCCAGGCGACUUUGCACCGGUGUUCGCGCGCCGGCUGCGCGCGGGGGACUCGGUGCUGGCGCCAGGCGGGGACGCCCUUCGGCCUGCGCGCGUGGCCCGAGUGGCGCGGGAGGAAGCCGUGGGCGUGUUCGCACCGCUCACAGCGCACGGGACGCUGCUGGUCAACGAUGUCCUGGCCUCGUGCUACGCGGUUCUGGAGAGUCACCAGUGGGCGCACCGCGCCUUUGCUCCUCUGCGCCUUCUGCACGCGCUGGGGGCGCUGCUUCCGGGCGGGGCCGUCCAGCCAACUGGCAUGCAUUGGUACUCUCGGUUCCUCUAUCGCUUGGCGGAGGAGCUGCUGGACUGAGCGCUCCAGGCAUAGAAACCUCGUGGCAUCCGCCUAAACGGGAGUGUUCGGGCUGAGAUCUGGGGAUGUGGGCAGCAGACGAUGCUGAUUGGGAGGGAGGGAGGGAUAGGGAGAAAAAUGGACGCGAUGGUUUAGGGGCAACCUCUAACUGAGAGGUUGGGUCCUAGGUAGGUGGGGUUGAUGAUGGGUACUCGUCGACGAGGACUAUUUCUCCUCUUCUUCCCCAGUGCCUCGGCCCCACCCGAUUAUUUUAUUUUAUUUUCUAUUUAUAAAUUGUAAUAUAAUAAUCUGCUUGCCCCGCCUGGCAAGAUGAGGGGCUGGGGCACGGUGUUAACAGUUAUCUGACUCGGGAGCCAAUCUGACAUCUGACAUUUUCCUACAAGUGGGCUAAUAAAGGGAAGGCUUCC